GCUAUUUAAAGUCGGCAAGGUUUAAGUGGGAGAGCUUGGAAAAUGGGAAAGGAAGCAUAAAACCCAGCUCCGAGUCCGAGGCGGUAAAUCGGAUCACACUAGCUGACCCACUGUGAGAGUAAUGAUGAGGGACUUCGAUCUAUCCUCUCCGAUUCGCCUUAACAUAGGAGGAAAUAAAUUUUACACCACUAUUUCUACUCUGACUCAACGUGAACCCGAUUCAAUGCUCGCCGCCAUGUUCAGCGGUCGACACACUGUGUCUGUGGAACAGGGGUAUGUUUUUGUUGAUCGGGACGGGAAACAUUUCCGCCACAUACUUAAUUGGUUACGAGAUGGUGUUGUCCCCACAUUAAAAGAUUCUAAAUAUGAAGAACUUCUUCGCGAGGCAGAAUACUAUCAACUACUUGGGUUGAUUGAUGGAAUACAUGCUGUUCAAAAUAAAAUGAAGGAUGAGGAAGAGUCAGAUUCAGAACUAACACGCGCAGAUAUCCUCAAGUGUAUACAGUCUAAGAAAGUCAGGUUUCGUGGUGUUAAUCUUUCUGGCCUUGAUCUUUCGAAAUUGGAUCUAUCAUUUGUUGACUUCAGCUAUGCAUGUCUGAAAAAUGUGUUCUUCUCACGUGCAAACCUUCAUUGUGCUAAGUUCAAGGAUGCAGACGCUGAGGGUGCCAUAUUUCACAAUGCAACUUUGCGAGAAUGUGAAUUUACUGGGGCAAAUCUCCGUGGAGCUUUGUUGGCUGGUACAAACCUCCAGAGUGCAAAUCUACAAGAUGCAUGCUUAAUAGAUUGUAGCUUUUGCCAGGCAGACCUUCGAUCUGCACACCUACAGAAUGCGGAUCUUACAAAUGCCAAUUUAGAGGGAGCUAUUCUGGAAGGAGCAAAUUUGAAGGGCGCUAAGUUGAUUAAUACCAAUUUGAAGGAUGCAAACCUUCAACGAGCUUAUUUGCGGCAAGUGAAUCUUCGAGAUACGCAUUUAGAAGGUGCAAAGCUUGAUGGUGCUAAUUUGCUUGGAGCAAUCAGAUGACACUGGAGUGAUGUUACAUUCAUCUUGAGGUUUGUAAUACGUGUGUAUAAAACCAAACUUUACACCCUUUGUCUACGUUGUGACUGGAAUGUGAGAAAUUGAUGUUCAAAUCUAAAUUCAUGCUACCAAAGUAGUUAAGUGGUAUUGGCUUGUACAGAGAAGGUAGUCUCUUGUGAUAGUUACCAUAAUUUACUUAAUAGGGGAGAAUUCUGCCUCAGAUGGCUGUUUUUAGGAUGA